UAGCGGUAACGUGGAAGUUUGCAAAACAACACAACUGACAGAUUACUAGCUGCAGGAGCGUCUUUGACAUGCGCUUUAGUUUAUGUAUAUAUGAGCUGUAAGAUAAUAGUAUGAUGAACAAGGGAUCUUAAUUUUACUGGUUGACGUUUAUUCAUCUUCCUAUAAUGGAGACCAUAUACCGCCAAGGCGUUCGGAUGGCGGAGGAGCUUCAGCGGAGAACGAGAAGCUACGAGGAUUUCUGGCUAAUUGCUUCUCAUUUGGGAGACCCGAAAGCUGCAGUGCUCCUGGUCUUUCCUGUGGUGUUUUACACACAUCGACGGACCGGCACCGCUGUUCUCUGGGUAGCAGCUUUAUCAGAGUGGCUUAAUUUGGUUUUCAAAUGGAUCCUGUUUGGCGAGAGGCCUUAUUGGUGGAUUGGACAUUCUGGAUUGUUUUCUAAAAACCCACCAAAAGUCCAGCAGUUCCUGUCUACCUGUGAGACCGGCCCAGGCAGUCCGUCCGGUCAUGCCAUGGUCACUGGUGCUGUCUGGUGGGUGAUCGUCUCUUUCCUGGCCUCCUUCUUUCACACUCGCACAGGCAGUAAGAUAUUAGCUGCAGUGCCGUAUCUGUUGUAUGCAGUAUUUUUGGCAUGUGUAGGCCUCUCUCGAAUCUUCAUCUUAGCUCACUUCCCACAUCAAGUCAUUGCAGGUCUUCUGGCAGGGGUCUUGCUGGGGAUUUUUCUGAACAGGACUGUGCCUGAAUGUCGCCCUCUGCUGUUCUUCUUUCGCUUCAGCUUGACUUUGCUCCUUGGAGCUCUUCUAAUGCAUGGUGCCCUGCAAAAGAGUGGGGUUGAUCUUUCUUGGUCUAUCUCACUGGCUAAGAGGUGGUGCUCUCGCUCCGAGUGGAUCCGUAUGGACACGGCGCCCUUCUCCUCUCUGAACCGUGAUGCCGGGGUUCUGCUGGGACUAGGACUUGCACAGUACUGGAAGCCAGGUGGAUGGGCUCUUCCAUGGGUUCCCAGGACUCUCUGUCUGGCCCUCUCGUCCAUAGCCCUCCACUACAUCAGCAGUUUCCCCGUGCCCACCGUUCCUCCGCUUCUCUUCUACUCGCUGUUCUUUCUCAAAUACAGCAUUGUGCCGCAGGUGGUCAUGGUGUUGGUGCCAGGAUUUGUGCAUCUUCUCACAGCCAAACCCAAGAAGGAGUAAAAGUGAAUGUCGCAGCUUUUGGUGUUUGAACCAGCCAUCAAAACAGUAAGCUCUUGACACAAAAAGAACCAUCAGCUUGAAGAUCAAUCAUAUAUGGAGUUCUGUUCUGUUCUGAGCUUUAAAGAAUGUUUUUGGAGCAGAAGUGAAAAGGAUUGCUGCACUGCAUAAACAUUUAGUUUGUGCCAAAGAAAGUCUUGAGUAAAAAUGUUUCUUGUUGCUGUUGUUCUUUGAUGAUUCUUUUAAAAAG